GCCGGUCCCUCCCCCCCGAGCCGCCACCGCCGCCGUCGUCGCGGCUCCGGCAAAAGUUUUCGCCGGAGCGGCCGAGCGCACCGGUCCCGGUCCCGGUCCCGGCCCCCGCCAGCACCGAGAUGCGCACGGGAUCCGCCGCCAGAGCAGCCCCGACAGGGUCACCCAGGCACCAGGGCCCUCACCCCCAGGGCAGAGGAGCUCCUGAGGGCCAGUAGGAAGCCAGGCCCCCUGCUCCCUAUGCAGCUUGUGGCCCAGCGAAGGGAUGUCCCAGCCACGACUCCUCACCCUCCUGCUGCUGCUGCUCUGCUGCCAGGGCCCCUCCGCCCAGAUCACAGAUUCCCUCUUUGAGAACUGGAAGGCCUACAAGGAGGAAUGUCACCGCAACAUGAGCCGGAUGCCUGCGCCCACGGAGCUGGUCUGUAACCGAACCUUUGACAAGUUCUCCUGCUGGCCCGACGCGCUGCCCAACACCACCAUCAACGUCUCCUGCCCCUGGUUCCUGCCCUGGUACCAGAAAGUGAGGCACAGGUACGUCUUCAAGACUUGCGGGCCGGACGGGGAGUGGGUGACGGGCCCCAAGGGGCAGUCCCUGCGGGAUGCCACCCAGUGCCAGAUCGACGCCGAGGACCUGGAGGCGCAGGAAAAGUUUGCCAAGACCUACGGCAGCUUCAAGGUGAUGUACACGGUGGGCUACUCGGUGUCGCUGUGCGCGCUGCUGCUCGCCCUGGCCGUGCUGCUGGGCUUCAGCAAGCUGCACUGCAUGAGGAACUACAUCCACAUGAACCUCUUCGCCUCCUUCAUCCUGAAGGGCGUCUCCGUGCUGGUCAUCGACGCCCUGCUGAAGACGCACUACAGCGACAAGAUCGAUGACUACAACGUGCGCAUCUGGCUGAGCGACGAGGCUGCCGCAGGCUGCCGGGCGGCCACGGUCUUCAUGCAGUACGGCACCGUGGCCAACUACUGCUGGCUGCUGGUGGAGGGCAUCUACCUGCACAACCUCCUGGUGGUGGCCGUCUUCUCCGAGCGGAGCUACUUCACCCUCUACCUGUGCAUCGGCUGGGGGGCACCCAUGCUAUUUCUCAUCCCCUGGGUCGUUGUGAAGUUCCUCUACGAAAACAUCCAGUGCUGGAGCACCAACAACAACAUGGGCUUCUGGUGGAUCCUCCGCUUCCCCGUGUUCCUGGCCAUCCUGAUCAACUUCUUCAUCUUCAUCCGCAUCAUCCAGAUCCUCAUCUCCAAGCUCCGUGCGCACCAGAUGCGCUACACGGACUACAAGUUCAGGCUGGCCAAGUCCACGCUGACGCUGAUCCCCCUGUUGGGCAUCCAUGAGGUUGUCUUCGCCUUUGUCACGGACGAGCACGCCCAGGGCACCCUGCGCUACGUCAAGCUCUUCUUCGACCUCUUCCUGAGCUCCUUCCAGGGGAUGCUGGUGGCCAUUCUCUACUGCUUCGUCAACAAGGAGGUGCAGUCGGAGCUGCUGAAGAGGUGGCAGCGCUGGAAGCUGGGGAAGGACCUGGCGGAGGAGUACAAGCACACCUACAGCCACGCGCCCAGCGCCCGCAACGGCACCGGCAGCGCCUGCGAGAAGCACCAGCUGGUGAGCGGCUGUGCCAACGGGCUGGGGCGCAGCCCGGCCGCCUCGCGGCCCCCCACCCACUACCUCGAGAGGAGCGGCCACGGCACCGCCGAGCACCUCGCCCUGGGGGACCGGCACCACUGCUAUGAGUUCCCCGAGACCACGGCCGAGAGCCACUUCUGAGCCUGUGGAUGGACCGGGAGGGCUGCACUGGCCCUUCUGCGGCAGACUGAGCCCGCUGCGGCGGCCACUGCCUGCCCCCCCGUCCGGCCGCCCCCCGGUGCUGCACGGGGCCCUGCCUGCCCGGCGAGGACGCUGCGACAGGCUGGGGUCGUGUGGGACAGUGGAAGCGCCUGGGGCAGGCAAGCGGGGCCUGGACCUCUGUGGGAGGGGGCCAGGGGCUGAGGGGAGACCUGUGGGGCUGGGGGAUCUGGGGGGGUGGGGGGGGUGGGGGGGGUUCAUCCUGUGGUGCUGCUCUUGUGCGCCUGCGAGACCCUUUGCGCAAUGGUGUAAUUUAUCUGUCGUAAUUGUGUAAAUAGGUGUGGGCCCGUGCCGGGCUGCAGGGCCA